UCCAGUUUCGGUAUUGCAGUGAGCGUAGAUUCACGUAGUGCUUUAGAUACCAACACUUCUCUAUCUACAUGUGGUGUUCAGGCUAAGAACUUGCUAACUCUAUAAUUUCGUGACUUUCUUAUAGCAUAGCUUUUGGUCAGGUCAACACUCAAAAGGAUCUGGAACUAGGAUGUCAACCUUAAGUGGAACACGCAAAACUUCCAUAAAUGUACUUCUGGUUGGCAAAACUGGUCACGGUAAAAGUGCCACUGGAAAUUCCAUCCUGCAGAGAAAGGCGUUUGUCGCCAAGUGCUCCACGACGUCUGUGACAACAGCUGUGACCACCGCUGUUUCAGAGAUAGGAAACACAUGUUUGUUUGUCGCCGAUACUGCAGGCUUCGCUGACACAGAAUCGGAGAACGCUGGUGGCAAGAUAGCAACCAUACAGCUGGUCACGGAUCAGAUCAAACAGGCUCUAGUGGAGUGUCCCAGCGGUUAUGACGCCAUUUUGUACGUCACGCGGUUCGACAUCCGGUACACAGAGGAGGAAAUGGACUCUUUUCAAACUAUCAAGAAAAUAAUCGGCAAUAAUAACUUCCGGCGUCAUGGAAUCCUCAUUUUCACUCGCGGCGACUCCUUCGACAAAGACGAGAUCAAAAUGUCGUUUAGAAAAUGGUGUGACAGUCAGACGGGCAAUCUUCGAAAAAUUCUUAACUGUUUUGGAAGACGCAUCAUAUUGAUGAACAAUAAAACUACAGAUGAUAUAAUUAAGGCACGACAGUUAAACUUCCUGUUAUCAGAGAUUAAGAAACUUCAAUACACAAUACAAUCAAAGAAGUACCUUAUGUAUAAUUUCAACGCAGUCGAACAAGGAAGAAUCCAGAUGAUGGUUUUUGCUAACAAGGACGCCAUUGAGACGCGCGUGAUCACCAAAAUAGCGGAACUCAGUCAAAGACUAAACUCGGUUAGAGGAACAACCAGCCAAAGAAUAUCUUCCAUCUACGCCAUCAAGAACAGUAUUACCUCCGAAUACCAAAGAGUUCAGUCAGAAGAUAAGAACACUGGGAUACUGGGAAGUGAACUAAACAAAUUGGCGGCGUUUUACAAGUCAGCAGACGACAGUUAUAAACAAGUUCUCGAAGAACAACGCGAUGAAGCAAGGAUACGAGAACUUCAAGAGAGAGUGACAAUAAGAAAAAGGCUCGAACAAGAAAGAGAAGAAUUGGAGGAAGCGAGGCGAAGGCAGAUGAUGAUGAAACAAAAACUAGACAGGGAACUGGCGCAAAGGGAACAGAGGAGUCUGGAACUGAACUUAAAGAAACACGAAGACGAGCAGAAGUGGAAAGAUAUUGAGAAAGUGGUCACCACAGGGGCGGCUGUGGCGUCAGCGUUAUGGUCAAUUUUCACGUCUGAAGACUCAGACAAAGAUACAAGAAAAAGGAAAAAGUGAAAAAAAAAAUGGAAAAAAAACAA